AUGAAUUCUAAAACAAAGUCAGUUUGUGUUAUUGGAGGUGGACCAGCAGGAUUAUUUACUGCUAAAUAUUUAUCUAAACAUUUUCCUGUAACUAUUUUUGAGAAAAGCAAUGACAUACUUGGUCAUUAUAAAUAUGCCAUUGACCAGAAGAGAAAGAUUUUUGAUAAGAUUGUUACUGGUAGAAAUGUAAAACUAUUAUUAGGAAAAGAAUUUAAGAUGAAUGAUUUAUCAGAUAAAUAUUUUUGUUAUGUUGAUGCUACAGGUGGUAUUCCUAAUAAUGCCUUAAAAUCAACUUUAUCUGCAUUCGACUUAAUAAGAGAUUUGUUUAAUUCUAAGAAGUUAAUUAACAACACAAAGUUGUCAAAUGUAACGAUUAUAGGGAUGGGAAACGUUUCUUUUGAUCUUUUACUUCACUUUAAAAAUAAGUUUAAAAAUGUAAAUAUUUUAUCAAGAAGUGACUUUGAUAAAUCUAAGUUUGAUAUAAGUAGUUUAAGAAAGGUACUUGAAUAUUAUGAUGUUUCUUAUACAGGAAAUGAUGUUAAAUCAAACAAGAAGAUUAGUUUGAUUGAUAAAUUCAAACCUUGUUUUAUAAAAAAAUAUUUUUCCAAUAAACCUAAAUUGAAACUGACAUUUAACGCAGUAAUGGAAGGAAUAAGUGAAAAUAAAAACGAUAAGACAGUAAAAUAUAGAAUUAAGAAUAGAUUCUUGAAAGAAACAGUAGAUAAUGUAAUUUCAAGCAUUGGUUUUAUUCCUAAUAACAAACUUUUUACAGAUAUUAAAAAAACAGACAUAAAAGUUUUUAAAGUUGGGUGGUCAGAUGUGGCAACGGGAAAUAUAAAUGAUUCAAGAGUGAAUGCUAGAGAAGUAAGUGAUAAAAUAAUAAAAGAAUUUAAAUAG